AUGAUUUCUUAUCUCCCCCGCUAAAACUCCCUCCUUUGUCCUCACUCUCUCUCUCUCCUCUCACUUUCCACUCUUGUAAGUAUACUUCAUACUUCAUAGCAUAGGACUAUAGGAGUAUGAUUUCUUCACAUUAACAUUCAAUCUCCACCACAAUAAUAAAAAUGGACACCCUUUCUCUCACUCCUCCCCACUUCUCCCACCUCAAACUCACUCUCUCUCCUCCCUCUUUUCUCUCUCCUCGCCCUCUCUUCCUCCGCCACCACCCCCUCUCUUUCUCUCUCCUCGCCCAACAACAAAACCAACAACUCCAACAACAAAACCAACAAUUCGAACAACAAAACCAACAACUCGAACAACAGUCAUACGAAUCAUACAACGAAGAAGAAUCCUACGGAGAAGUCAACCGAAUCAUAGGCAGCCGCGUGUCCCCAACUUCAUCUUCACCAACAACAAUGGAAUACCUCAUAGAAUGGAAUGACAACCACCCACCUACAUGGGUCCCAUCAAACUUCAUAGCUAGCGACGUCGUUUCAGACUACGAAUCUCCUUGGUGGGCCGCUGCUAAAAAGGCCGACCCACAACAACUCCAAUCCAUUCUAGCCCAGCCCAAUUCAGCCCAACGCGACAUCAACGCGGUUGACUCCGACGGACGCACAGCCUUACACUUCGUGUCUGGACUAGGCUCCGACACGUGUAUCUCUCUCCUCGCUUCCUACGGCGCUGACGUGGACAAAAAAGACAUCACAGGUGGCGGCCUCACGCCGCUCCACAUGGCGGCAGGAUACGCGAGACCAGACGCCGCACGUGCGCUUCUAGAAGCUGGCGCAGAUCCCGAGGUGGAGGAUGAUAAAGGACGUACGCCGUUGGAUUUAGCGAAAGAGAUCUUGGCCGUUACUCCGAAGGGUAAUUUGAUGCAAUUUGGGAGAAGAGUUGGGUUGGAGAAUGUGAUAAAGAAUUUAGAAGGAGUGGUUUAUGAAUAUGCAGAAGUUGAGGGGGUUUUGGAGAAAAGAGGGAAAGGGGAGAAUUUGGAGUAUUUGGUUAAGUGGAGAGAUGGAGGGGAGAAUGAGUGGGUUAAAGUUGGGUUUAUUGGUGAGGAUUUGGUUAAGGAUUUUGAAGAUGGGCUUGAGUAUGCUGAAGCCCAAGGUGUGUAUGGGAAGAGAGUUGGGGAUGAUGGCAAGAAUGAGUUUUUGGUUAAAUGGGUUGAUAUUGAGGAUCCGACGUGGGAACCUGAAGAGAAUGUGGAUUCGGAUUUGAUCAAGGAAUUCGAGGAGUCUCAAGUUAUUAAUAAUAAUAGUAGUAGUGGUAGUGGUGGUGUUAGUAGUGGUUCGAGUUUUGGAAGUUGAUUUAUUGUUUUUGGAUGAUGUGAUGUUUGAUGGUCGUAAUUUUUUAGAAUUUUUAUUUAAGUGUGUUUGAUUGUAGAGAUUAGAGAAGCAAAGACAAUGUAAUUGGAUUUUUUUUUUUUGAACUAAAUUUGUAAGGUUAAAACAAAAGUUAUCUCCUCACAAACGAAUAUCCAAAUUUUCGAUUUAUAUAUUGAGAUUGUAUAUUCAA